AUGUGUGCUUAUGUAAUUACAUUUCCUAUUUGGAAAGGAUAAUAAUGGUCAGCCUUUCGCGGUCAUAUCAGAUUGUCUAAUGAAUAGGUGUUGAUAGCAAGAUUCAACGACACAGCCUCUAUAGAACAGGAACUGAGAUUUUUAGAAUAGCAUUAAAGAGUGAAAUCUAAGAUUGAAGGGAAGUUUGUUAAACCAGUUUACAAUCUGCUUCCAAUGAUAGUUUAGGUAAUAAGAACACCAACCUUUACGGAUGUCUUAUUCGAUAAUUGCGUAGAUUGGUAACUGACAGGUGGAAACUUAUAGCAUCUUCUUAGAAUAUAUUUUGCAUAUGACAUAUACAAAGGUUAGCCACCCAGGGAUUGUACCCUUGAGAAUAUUAUGCGCAAUGGUGAUUCCAUAGUGGUAUUAGACUUUGGGUUAAGAAAGAGGACAGAGAAUUAUUGUGCUUAUUGGAACCCUAUGAUUCUGAAAGGCAAACAAUGUCUAUCAUAAUAUUAAUGGUCCUUAGGUAUCAUGUACUUAGUGAUGACUAAUGGAUCAUUUAUAAUAAACGAAAUCAACAAACGCAUUUCAUUAUGGGUGAAUGGAGGAAAACUAGACCUUGUUUCAUUAGUAACUACUAAAAAACAAUCUAUCAUUUCUCUGUUAUAACAACUUCUAAAUCCUGAAAAUCCCAUUCCCUGGGACUAAAUACCUCAUCAUUCAGCAUUUAGAGAUGAUCCUAAAUGCAAAACAAUCCUAAAAUUAUAUGAAGUUAGAUCAAUGUCAGAUCUCAAAAUCAGACCUGCUUCUCGACUUAGUAGUAAAUAAUCGAGCAGGAAAACUUAAAGAAAUUCAUUAUUUGUACCUGAAAGUACAUCUAAUAGCAAUCAAUCUACUUCUAAUUAAUCUCUUCUCAGCAAAAUUUCAUCUUUGUAUAAAAAUAAAUUUAUUGAAGAAUACAAGCAAAGAUCCAAUCCUUCGGUCAAAAAUACUAAACCUAUCAACAACUUCUUUUCAAAUAGUAAAAUGAAACUUAAAUUUGCUACCAAACAAUCAGAUCAUACUUUUCAAUUAAGUUGCGAUCUUCGAAGUCUUAGAACUGGAUCCAAUCUAUCUGGUAACGGUCUAACUUAAAGAAUUGAUGAUUCUGAAGAUAAAAAACUUAAUCGAAGACUCUCACAAUAAGAAAUCGAAUGUGAUAAAAUGAGAUCAAGAGUAAGUUCUAUUAGAAUGGCUAUUAAACAAUAUAAGGCUCGAAGUUUGAGGCGUCUAUCUCAAGACUCCAAUUCACCUGCUUAACAUUCUGAUUAAUUCGCUCAGCCAGACAAUUACAUCUAAUUAAUUAAAAGGCCUCAAGUCGAAAUUGAGAUUCUCACUUAAAAUUAUUUAAGAUCACUGGAAUGCAUUAACAUUAUCGGUUAAACUGUUGCCAAAGCUAUUGAGUUCUUGGAUGCACUACAAAACUUUUGGAUUAUUCCCUUAUUUCUGGUAUUCAAAAGGAUGCUUUAACUUAGAUUAGAUGUUGAAAAAUUUCUUGAAGCCCAAAUAAACUCAUUCAAUAUAGCUCAAUGGAAGGAAGUAUGCAAUUCCAGAGAAUAUCUGAAAUUCUUAACUCGUAUCAAAUCUGAUAAUUGUCUAGUCAGAAAUGAAAUGAUUCUUCUUAUGAAUGCUUCUCAGACCAAAGCUAACUAACUUGAUAAAACUAAGAGAGAAAAAGUAUUGUGGUUUCUUAAUGACGAUUUAGAUUCAAAUAUUCAACCAAUUUGUUUAUCUUACUUGAAGGAUUAAUUACUUCUAGCUGUUGUUGAAAAAAGAGGAGUAUCAAGAGAACCCAUUGAAUGGUUAAAACUCUAGCUCUCGUUAAAGGCUUCAAUCAUAAUAACUCAACUACCUGUACUAGUAUGUGAAAAUAAAGAGUUUAGUUAUGAACGAUACAUAGAAUAUCAGGAUUCACAAAAUUAUGCUUAAAUAUAAAAAUAUUGCGAGCAACUAAAGAUCAUGAUUUGA